AUGGUUCAACCUGUAACUGGCAAGUCGCUCCCCAAGUUUGAAGUUGGUGACGACUACCAGAUAACACAUGUAAUUGGAUCGGGGGCAUAUGGCGAAGUCGUUGCAGCACUUCACAAACCUUCGGGUCGCCGAGUUGCUAUUAAGAAGGUUCUCCCCUUCGAUCAUACUCUCUGCGCUCUGCGGACAUUGAGAGAGCUCAAACUUCUCAAAUAUUUCACCGACUCGUGUUUCAAUGAGAACAUCGUGACUGUCCUCGACAUCAUCAAACCUGAAUCGCUCGAAUCGUUCAACGCUAUUUAUUUCAUUCAGGAGCUCAUGCAAACCGAUCUACACAGAGUGAUCCGAACUCAAUGUCUCAGUGACGAUCAUUGCCAGUACUUCAUAUACCAAACUCUCCGAGCGCUGAAGACAAUCCACGGCGCCAACAUAGUCCAUCGGGAUAUCAAACCCGCCAAUCUCCUCGUCAAUGAAAACUGUGAUCUAAAGGUCUGCGAUUUCGGAUUGGCCAGAAGUAUGAGCACAUGUGGGGUUGUCGGCAAAGGUCCCGGUUAUGAAUCGCCAGCGAACGCGAUGACCGAAUAUGUGGCGACCAGGUGGUAUCGAGCGCCGGAGAACAUGUUAUCAAAUGCUAGCUACACAAAGGCGAUCGAUAUCUGGGCUGUUGGAUGUAUCCUCGCUGAACUGUUAUCAGGACGACCUUUAUUCCCUGGUCGAGAUUAUAGUCAUCAGUUAGAUCUGAUUCUUGACAUAAUUGGUACACCGACCAUGGAUGAAUUUGCUUCUAUAUCUUCUCGCCGCGCACGCGAGUAUGUACGCGCUUUGCCUAUCAAACGGGCGAAAAGCUUCAGAGCGCUCUUCCCCACUGCUUCAAGUACUGCAAUCGACUUUUUGAAUAAAACUCUGACUUUUGAUCCCAAGAAGCGUAUGACUGUUGAAGAAGCAUUGGAGCAUCCAUACCUCGCCGUUUAUCACGAUCCUAACGAGGAGCCUGUGGGUUCGCCUCUCGCAGCUGAGGAGUUUGAGUUUGAUCUCCGCAAGGAGCGACUUUCCAAGCAAGAGCUCAAAGAGCUUUUAUAUGCGGAAAUACUCUCUUUUGAGUCAGAUUUUUCUUCUUCAGCUGCAUGA